UGAGAGGAUAUCACGCGCAUGCAACGCGUGAGAGUAUCUGGGUACUUCUUUCUGGUCAACAACAGGGAAGUUGCAGUAUGAAUAAGGAAUAGAAAACCAAGAGCACAGACCAAUGAUAAGCCUUCUUAACAUGCGCACACUCUCUUCCGUAACGAACCCAAACGGUAUUUAAACUGUGCACACAGGCGUUCUUCACGUUUUACCAUUCUCUCUCUAAUUUUUAUUUUUUCUUUUGCCUUUUCUGACUCUUGGCUCCUCAAUUGGGACGAAAAGUCGAAGCUUCCAAGAAACCGAACCAUCCAUAGCUGACUCCGCAAUCUUUCUUCGAUUUCACACUUUAUUUCUCUGAAUUCUCCGCUAUGCGAUUUGGGGAGAAGGUCUUGCUUCUGUUUCAGUGUGGCUUUUUUCGCAGUUUAAGGAACCGGGAUUAGGGUUUUUGCGGCGGUGUCAUGGCGGAUGAUGAUGUCGACUUUUCGAAACUGUUCCAUGGUGAUGAUGAUGACGAUGGCAUGUUUUAUAUAGAUAUGAACACCGUUCAGAAGGUUCUUGAUGAAGACGAUAAUUGUGAUUUUCUGGAGAAAUUUCCCGAUGAUUCUUCAUCAAAAAAUGUUUCACCCAGUGAAUCUGGAACUCAUGACUCAUUUCAGAUACAAAAUGGGUCUCAAGUGUUAGAAGAACAACAGUUUUCUAGGUUGGGCUUUGCAGAUUCAGUCACGAGUUGUUCUCCGUUCUGCUCAGAUGGCUCGGAUUCUGGUGUCAGAGGUUCAUUUGGUGUAUCUGAUUCUGUAGCAAAUUCUUGGCUUGAUAUUGAACCUGAAAACGAGGGACCUCAAUCCCAGGCAUGCUCCUCCCCAAAUGCAUUUCCCGGUAAUCUCAGUACCCUCUCCCCAGGUGAAAGUGAUGAGGUUUUCUGCACAGAGAGGACCAGAGUCUCUAAACAUGAGAUACCUGCUUGCAGUGUGGAAUCAAGUUUCCCUGAGGCACAGUCAAAAGAUAUAUCAAUUUGUAGAGAUAAUUUGAAUCCAAGUCCGUGGAAAGUUGAAAAUGAGAUCCAAUUCAAGCAUUUCCGAGAGGAUGUUGAAUUUGAAAAUACUUCAAUCAGUUCUAUAGUUGACAAUGAUGAUAUAAAUAUCGAAGGUUAUGUUGAAGACACCACUGGAGGAGUUUCCGGGCCACAGGAAAAUGAUUCGUGUACAUCUUUUGAAACAUUUAUGGAUGCUGAUAGAUUUUUGCAUGUUGCAACUUCACCUGAUUCUACUAUUGGUCAAGGUUCUCAUGGUUCCAGUGAUUUCAUUGACUACCAUGGAUCUUCAACUUAUUACGAGGGAAUGCAUAGUGGACCCUUUGUUGCUGACUCUUCUCUUGGUAUUUUUCCAAAUGGUUUUUGCUCUCAAUUGCCAAAUGACGAAAUGAUGAAUAACAUGAAGGCCAAAAGUGUGGAGUUAAAUUCUGAUAUUUCAUGUAUGAGUAAUGGCAUGCCCUCAAACACUACUGGGUGGACGUCUUUUCAAGAUUUAACUGAUAAUGUUUAUCCAUCUUUUCAUUCUAGAAAAGUUAAUUUUGAUGACCUGCCAUCAUUGUCUCUUUCAGCUUAUGAUUCAUACGUACCAUAUGAAGACCAUUAUCAGGAUGCUAAGUUCAAUGUAGGCCAAUCGGUGAGACAAACACCUGAUAUUUUUUCUUCUAUAGGGUCUCAGGCUUACCAAUUUUAUGAGAAUGAGGAUAAUUAUGCAGUUAUAUCUGGGAUAUCCAAUCAAUAUCAAGAUAUCAAUGGUAGAAUUGCUAGUUUUCAAGAAAAUGUGGACAAUUUGAAUUUACAAGCUGCAAAUAUAUCUUGGCCCCAUGCCCAGGCACUAAUUACCAGUGAGAACCAGUUUGGUUGUGUUAAGAGAGAAGGAGGGGUUCGACAUAAACUUGCUGAUUCUCAUCUUUCAAAAGGAAAAUUUGAGAAUUUCCAUGUCGAGGAAGACCCUGAUGUUUGCAUUAUUGAAGACAUCAGUCAUCCUGCUCCGACAAGUCUAUCUACAAUCAGUGGGAAUUCGUCUAAUAUUUCUCAAUCGUCUAGAUAUGCUGAUUCUCAGUCUUACAUGGCUGGAAGUACUAGGCUGAAGGCAUGUGAUGAGCGUAAUAUAUUACGGGUUGCAUUGCAGGAUCUAUCUCAGCCAAGGUCAGAAGUUAGUCUACCAGAAGGGUUGUUGGCAGUUCCUCUCUUAAGGCAUCAGAGAAUUGCUUUAUCAUGGAUGGUUCAAAAGGAAGCAUCAAGUUUUAAUUGCUCAGGAGGAAUUCUUGCAGAUGAUCAGGGACUUGGAAAAACAGUAUCAACUAUUGCAUUAAUAUUAAAGGAAAGACCUCCAUUACCUAAUGGGGGCACCAAUGCCCACAAAAGUGAAUUGGAUUCUCUGAAUCUGGAUGUGGAUGAUGACGUGCUUCCUCAGAACGGUAGAGUAAAGGAAGAAUCUAAUACUUGUGAGGAUGAGUCAAGUAGACAUCCAAUCAAGAGUAUGAAUUUGCAAAACCAAGCAAAGGGAAGGCCAUCUGCCGGGACCCUUAUUGUUUGUCCCACUAGUGUCCUACGUCAAUGGGCAGAGGAGUUGCGUAGCAAGGUAACUAGUCAAACAAAAAUCUCUGUGCUAGUAUACCAUGGAAGCAAUCGGACAAAAGAUCCUUAUGAGGUUGCAAAGUAUGAUGUUGUUCUAACAACUUAUUCCAUUGUCAGCAUGGAGGUUCCUAAGCAGCCUUCAGCUGACAAAGAUGAUGAGGAAAAAGGAAAUGUUGAAGAUCAUGCUGUACCGAGUAGGAAAAGAAAAAGUCCCUCUAAUUCUAGUAAAAAUGGCAAGAAGAGAUCAGAUGGAACAGUUCUUGAAACUAAUGCUCGCCCGCUUGCAAAGGUGGCAUGGUUUAGGGUUGUCUUGGAUGAGGCACAAAGUAUAAAGAAUCACAAAACUCAAGUUGCAAGGGCCUGUUGGGGUCUUCGUGCUAAGCGAAGAUGGUGUUUGUCAGGGACUCCUAUCCAGAAUGCAAUUGACGAUCUCUACAGUUACUUCAGAUUUCUAAGAUAUGACCCUUAUGAUGUCUAUACAUCAUUUUAUUCUAAAAUUAAGAACCGAAUUAGUAGAGAUCCAGCAAACGGAUAUAGAAAGCUACAAGCUGUCUUGAAGACUAUAAUGUUACGCCGGACCAAAGGUACACUUCUUGACGGGGAACCUAUUAUUUCCUUGCCGCCUAAAUAUAUAGAGCUGAAAAAGGUUGAUUUUUCAACUGAGGAACGUGAUUUCUAUUACAAACUAGAGGCUGAUUCACGUGCACAGUUCCAGGAAUAUGCUGAUGCUGGCACUGUCAAGCAAAAUUAUGUCAACAUUUUGCUGAUGCUCCUGCGCCUUAGACAAGCUUGUGAUCACCCUUUGCUUGUCAAGCGAUACAAUUCAAACUCUCUAUGGAGAUAUUCGGUUGAGAUGGCAAAGACACUUCCUCAGGAAAAACAAAUCUCUCUUCUGCAAUGUUUAGAGGCUUCUUUGGCCCUCUGUAGCAUUUGUAACGAUCCUCCGGAAGAUGCAUUUGUUUCAGUUUGUGGUCAUGUUUUCUGUAACCAAUGCAUAUGUGAACAUCUUACUGGUGAUGACAACCAGUGCCCUGCUGCAAAUUGCAAAAUUCGACUGAGCACAUCUAGGGUAUUCUCAAAAGUCACUCUGAACAAUUGUCUUUCUGACCAGGGUUGUGAUAAUUCACCUGGUUGCCCUGCUUCUGAAGUGGAAGAAUUUGAGCCUUGGUCUCAAAGUCAGUCAUAUGAAUCUUCAAAAAUAAAGGCUGCACUUGAGGUUUUGAAAUCACUGCGUAAGCCACAGUCCUAUACCUCAAAAAGCACUUCUGAGAAUAGAACUUUGAGGGAAGAUAAUGGUUGCCCUGGGAACCCCUCGGAUGUUGAAAAUGGGAAAUCCUCAAUUAAUUCUCAUGAGUGUCAAAAUUUGUCUGAUGAGAAUAGAUACCAUAGUGAUUCAGUUACUGUCGUAGGGGAGAAAGCUAUAGUGUUUUCUCAGUGGACGAGGAUGCUAGAUUUGCUUGAAGAGUGUCUCAAGAAAUCUUCGAUUAAUUAUAGAAGGCUUGAUGGAACAAUGUCGGUUGUUGCCAGAGAUAAAGCUGUUAAAGAUUUUAACACUCUUCCCGAGGUAUCAGUUAUAAUUAUGUCUUUGAAGGCUGCCAGUCUUGGUCUAAACUUGGUGGUAGCUUGCCAUGUUCUUAUGCUAGAUUUAUGGUGGAAUCCUACAACUGAAGACCAAGCAAUAGAUAGAGCACAUCGAAUUGGGCAGACUCGUCCUGUGACUGUCUUGAGAUUAACUGUGAAAGAUACAGUUGAAGAUCGAAUUCUAGCUCUGCAGCAAAAGAAGAGAACGAUGGUUGCAUCUGCCUUUGGGGAGGAUGGAACUGGUGAUCGUCAGAGUCGCCUCACUGUGGAUGAUUUAAAAUAUUUGUUCAUGAUGUGAUUAGACGUACAUAUUUACAUAUAUAGUCAACAUUUUUUUGAUUGGUGAUUUUUUACCUGGGGUGGGGUAGGGGGAUGGUAUUAUCUUCGGUUUCUUUCUGCUGACUGCUGAAGAAACCAGAAACAAAUUUUCUAACAAAGAAUUGCAAGUAGUAACAAGGUCCGUAUUAACGAAUGACUUGAAGAUUAUAUGAAAUGUUUAUGUUUAGAAUGAGAUGUUUCAUUCUUUGAACUGGAAAUUUUAGUUAAAUCUUGCAUCAUUGUAGGAUAUGUAGAGAACAGAAACAUAUAUAGCAACAGAGAUUUCAUGGAUUGUUUCUUUUCAUUGUAAAUUAUAUAGAAAUUUUCUCUC